GGAGAGGCAGCAGCGGUUCCUCAUCACAGUCUGAGGAUAUAAAAGCCUGGGCCACUCCUUCUGCGCCCGCUGCACGGCUUCAGACAGCAGCUCACUUCAGACAGACAGAGUGAGCGAGUGUGUGUGAGUGAGUGAGUGAGUGUCUGAGAGAAUGGCGACGCUAGUUGGUCCAGUAGAAACUCCUGCACCCUUCGGAGGUGUCAGUUGCAUCAAGAACAUGGCAUCACCCACGGCCUCGACACAUCACUUCGACGAGAGCAAAUAUUACCUGCUGGUAGUCAUUGGGGAGCUGGUCACCGACGAGCAUCUGAAGUGUGCCAUUGCGGACAUUGAGAAAGGAAUUCGUUCAUGGGACACAAACCUGAUUGACUGUAACCUAGACCAGGAGCUGAAGCUUUUUGUUUCACGACACUCUGCCAGGUUUUCAGCCGACGUGAGAGGACAAAAGAGUCUGCAUCACAAAAGUAAUGUUUUGGAGACAGUAGUGCUCAUCAACCCUUCAGAUGAAACUGUUAGCACUGAGGUACGUGUUAUGGUCUCAGACAAAGCCCACCAUAAGCUGCUUCUCCUAGCAGGACAGUGUUUUGAAAAUACAGGCGAGCUGAUUCUCCAGUCAGGCUCCUUUUCUCUCUCCAAUUUCAUUGACAUUUUUACAGAUCAAGAGAUUGGAGAGCUUCUAAGCACCAUACAUCCAGCCAACAAAGCCAGUUUAACUCUUUUCUGUCCCGAACAUGGUGACUGGAAAAAUUCAAACCUGGAUAAACACAACUUGCAGGACUUCAUCCACAUGAAGCUAAACAACCCAACCAUCCUUCCAGAAAUGGAAGGUCUUUCUGAAUUCACAGAGUACUUGUCAGAAUCUGUAGAAAUCCCAUCCUCAUUUGAUAUGCUUGAACCCCCAACUUCAGGUGGGUUCCUAAAAUUAUCCAAACCAUGCUGUUAUAUUUUCCCUGGUGGACGGGGUGAUUCAGCACUGUUUGCAGUUAACGGCUUCAACAUGCUGAUUAACGGUGGAUCUGAUAGAAAAUCAUGUUUUUGGAAGCUGGUACGACAUCUGGACAGAGUGGAUUCUGUUCUCCUUACACACAUUGGAGAUGACAACCUUCCUGGUAUCAAUAGCAUGCUGCAGCGCAAAAUAGCUGAACUUGAGGAGGAACAGUCACAGGGAUCCACAGCUAACAGUGACUGGACAAAGAAUAUGAUCUCACCUGAUAUUGGGGUUAUGUUUGUCAACAUGCCCCAGAACCUAGAAAACCUUGAGCCAAACUACAGGAUUAGGAGAAAUGCUGAGGAGGCAUCUCUCACGCUGCAGUACCUAAACAAGCUGUCUUUAAAGCCUGAACCUCUGCAUAGGAAUACUGGAAAUACAGCAGAACCAAUUAUACUUUUCCAGAAAAUGGGGGUCGGAAAGCUUGAAAUGUAUGUUCUUAACCCAGCUGAGAAUAGCAAGGAGUUGCAGUACUUCCUGAAAGAAUGGACUGGUAGUGAUAAAGACAAAGCCGCCAUCUUGUUACCUAAUGGAAAAGAAUCAGAGCUUCCAAUCUCAUAUUUGUCUUCCAUCUCAUCACUGAUUGUGUGGCAUCCUGCUAACCCAUCAGAAAAAAUAAUCCGUGUUCUCUUUUCAGGCAAUUCCACUCAGAAUAAUAUUCUGGAAGGCCUAGAAAAACUUAAACACUUAGACUUCCUCAAACAUCCCUUGAUCACACAGAAGGAGCUUAAUUCAAAUUUAGCACCAUCACUGAAACAAGCUAAGAUGAAACACAAGACGGAUAGUAAAGAGAGUCUGAAGUCCACAUCAAAACCAUCCCCAAGCAAAAAUCUCCACAAAGAGUCCAAAGAAGAAUCUCUUGAAAAACUAAAAACCUUAAGUAAAACUGACACUGUGGAAGCUCAAGAGCCAACACAAAAAACAGAGAAGAAAGAAAAAACACUUGUAAAAAAAGUGAAAACAGGGGAUAAGGACAUUAAAAUCAAGACUGAACAACCACCCAAAAUCGACACUCCAGAGAAAAAGAAAGUUGACAUUAAACCAAAAACAAUAAAGAAAGAAACAAAGAAAUCAGUGGAAAAAAGUGAAGUUAGUAAAAAGGCUGAAAAACCCACACCCAAGAAAGAAGAAAAGGCCAAAAAAGAAGAGAUGGUGAAGAAAGAGGUGGUGAAGAAAGAGGAGGUCAAGAAGGAAAUUAAAAGACGAGACAUUAAGAAAGAUUCCUUAUUAAAGGAGAGCAGAAAGGAUGAAAAGAAAGAAACUCAAAAAGAUGAAAAAGAACCUAAGAAAGAUUUGAGGAAAGCCGGUAGCUUGAAAAAGAAUGCCCCUAGCACACCUGAGGUGAAAAAACCGGCACCUAAACCAAUGGUUGCAGCACGUGGCAAGGGCCCUGGUAGUCUCGUAAAAUCCAAAGAAAAGUCUAAGCCCAAACCCACCAAAAAAGAUGCUGGCAAAUCAAUGGAAGCACCUUCUGUCUCAAGUGCUACUGGUAAAGAACCUGCUGUUGAAACCAGUGUAACAGAUGCAGUUGCAGUUGUUGAGGAAGAGAGGUCACUGAUGUCUUCUCCAGAAGACCUCACUAAAGACUUUGAGGCUCUGAAAGCAGAGGAGAUUGUUGAAGAUGAUGAAAUCCUAUCACAGACCAAAAUAGAUGAUUCUGAUCAAGGAGAGUUGAUUAAGCAUGAAGAAAUAACUCCUUGCAAAGAGUCUCCAGAAGCAGCAGAGUCCCUGGAUGAAGGAAUAGCAACCACAGAAGCUGAGGAGGAAUGUGCUGGUACUCCAGGAGAUCUUGAACCAAAUCAAAAAAGCAAUGGUACCAGUGAAAAAUUUGAAGAUGAAGGAACAGGGUUGGAAGAGUCAUCUGAGAUUGGAGACUAUGAGGAAAAGGGAGAUACAGAGGAAGUGGAUGAGCAAGAUAGAGUAAUAUCUAAGUUAAAAGAUGACAGAGAGCAAGAAGAGCAGGAAACCAAGGAAGGAUCAGAUUAUGGUGCAGAAGAACCACAAUAUAGACAUGACAAAGAAACGGAGUUGCAGAGUUUUGUUGUAACCACACCACCAAAGGUCUCUGAACCAGUAUCUCCUGCUGUUUCUAUUCAUGAUGAAACCCUACCAACGGGUUCAGAAAGUGAGGUUGUCUCUGAUGAUGAAAAUCGAGAUGAGCCACCAGAAGAAUACACAACAUCUGGACACACUCAAUCUACAAUUGAGAUCUCAAGUGUCCCAACACCUAUGGAUGAAAUGUCUACUCCAAGAGAUGUAAUGAGUGAUGAGACAAUUAAUGAUGAAAGUGAUUCUCCCUCCCAAGAUUUAGUUAAGUACGGUAUGACUACAGAUUAUGAGAGAAAGAACCUUUCACCUCUCCAAGACCUACCUGAAUUAGAUCACUCCAAGAGCGAUGCCACUGAGGGUCAUGACUAUCAUGCAUCAGCUUCGACCAUUUCACCACCAUCUUCACUGGAGGAAGACAAAUCUGCCAAGGAGUUUUUAGCAAAAGACAAAUUCUCUUUUGAUUUAAACCAGUUCAGUGCUUCCACUACAACUUUGCCUUUUGUCAGGUCACCUUCUGUUGACCAAAAUGUGAAUGUUGACCAUGUUCAUGCAGGUGUAUCUUCACCAAUUGAACUGGGAACCACAUUAGCUGGGAUGUCAAAAGGAAUGGAAUCAUACAGUCCAGAUGAGAAAACCUUAGAGGGCCCUUUAUCUCCUCAGUCCUCAGGUCACACACCUUACUACCAAUCCCCAGUGGAGGAGAAAGCUGGCACUCUACCAUCAGACAAAACACCUGAGCCCCAGGGUCCUAUUAUUGUUGACAUCACAAGUGACAAGGAAUAUUCUCCCAGAGAAGCUAGUCCUAUUGAUGAAGCAGUACCUGUGUCACAAAUGGGAAAGAAGCAAUCACCAAGUUAUGAAGCACAUUUAUCAACCACUUUUGAGGUUGACCACAAGACCCCAAGCCAAACUGACAAUAAUGAUAAAAAGUUAGCAACUGAUGACAGCUCUUCAGUUACAUCUUUGCCACCAGCUAAAGUAGAAAGCCUUUCUGAUACAAAUCCUUUCACAACAUUUAAAGAGGACAGCAAAAUGUCCAUAUCUGAGGGGACCACAUCUGGCACUCCAGUUGAUGAAGUUGUUGCAGAGGACACAUUUUUUCAGAUUGCCUCUGCCUCAACAGCGUCAUUUGCAACAAGUUCUUUACCAGAACCUACAACAGAUCUCCAUGCUGAAGUUAGCUCCCCACAUUCCACAGAAGUGGAAGACUCUCUCUCUGUCUCUGUUGUUCAGACUCCGACCACAAUGCAAGAAGCAGAAGUUUCCCCAUCUAAGGAGGACAGUACCCGACCUAUGUCAAUCUCCCCUGAUGUUUCCCCUAAAACAGCAAAAUUGAGAAUGCCACAACAGGAAACAAAAUCCCCUGAGCAGUCAUUGUCAGUUGAGUGUAGACAAGAAUCCCCAGAACACUCAUUUGUAUUGGAUUUCAGCAAGAAGUCACCAGAUCAUCCAUUUGUAGGAGGAAUGCAGCAUACAGCCACUGAAAAUGGUCCAACAGAAGUUGAUUACAUCCCCUUGGAUGGAACCAAUCUCAUGGGAGAACAAUGCAGACCUAGGGAAGAUGGGGACAAGGCAGUGCUUUUCAGAGAGUCCGAUAGUACCCAGGUUGCUUCUGUUUCCCCAUCAGAUGCCUCUCUGUCCACCCCAUCAGUUACAACACCCUGCCAAAUUACAGAGCCAAGAGAAGUUUCUUCAAUUGUAGGACAUUUCUCAGAGUCUGUUACUCCAAAACAGUCACCCCACAAUCACUCUCCUUUAUCUCCUGACUCAUUGCUUGUUCUAGGCGUACCAAGCACCUCACAUGAAGGAACAGAUAAAGAUAAACCUAGUUCCAGCUCAUAUUAUGAAGAGACUGGUAUGGAUAAAAUAGAGGAUAGACUAAAUCUGGAGAAGACUCUUCCAAAGGCCAGGUCACCCUCAUCUCCUAUAGUGCCAUCUUGUUUUUCUCCAAAGACAGAAGAGCUUACACCUGGCUUAGGGACAAAUUGUGAUGGCGGGUCCAUAGGGCCAGAUACCUCAAAACAAAGCCCACCUGAGUCACGAUCAGAUGUGGAUUUGUGUUUGGUGACCUCCUGUGAAUACAGACAUCCAAAGACAGAGCUUUCUCCAUCCUUUAUAAACCCCAGUCCUCUUGAGUACUUCAUGAAUGAGGAACAUCCUUUGGAGGAGGAAAAGCCACUUGCUAGGUCUGGAGGAGGACCACCGCCACCUGGAGGGAAACAGCAAAGCAAGCAAUGUGAGGAAACUCCUCCAACUUCUGUAAGUGAAUCAGCGCCUUCUCAAACAGACUCAGAUGUUCCUCCUGGCACAGAGGAGUGCCCAUCAAUAACUGCAGAUGCAAAUAUUGACUCUGAGGAUGACUCAGAAACACUACCAACAGAUAGGACUGUCACUUAUCGUCAUGCAGACCCACCUCCAGUCAUGCCCAGAGACCCCGCUCCUGCCGCUCCACAUCCUGAUGUCUGCAUGGUGGAUCCUGAGGUCCUUAAGGCUGAAGAGGCAUCCCAAAAAGAUGAAAGAGGGAAGCCAAAAAAGAACAUCAGCAGCAAGACUAAGUCAUCUGCAACAAAGAGCUUGUCAAAAACAAGUGCAAUGAAAGAGUCUAAAGUGUCCUCUCCAAAAAAGACUACAGAAGAUAAAGAUGCCAAAAAUGCUACUAAUACCUCCGCAUCAAGGGGAGUGAAAAGCAGUACUUCAGGAAGCACUAAGUCCAGCAGUGGAACAUCAGUACCUAACUGUCCUCCAAUGUAUAUGGACCUAGUUUACAUACCAAAUCACUGCAAUGCCAAGAACGUGGAUGCUGAGUUCUUUAAACGGAUCCGAUCCUCCUACUAUGUAGUCAGUGGUAAUGAUCCAACAGCACAGGAGCCUAGUAAGGCAGUUCUGGAUGCUCUGCUGGAAGGAAAGAGCCAAUGGGGAAAUAAUAUGCAGGUUACACUGAUUCCAACCCAUGAUACAGAAGUUAUGAGGGAGUGGUACCAGGAAACCCAUGAGAAGCAGCAAGAUUUGAACAUCAUGGUUUUGGCAAGCAGCAGCACUGUGGUCAUGCAAGAUGAGUCUUUCCCUGCAUGUAAGAUAGAGCUGUGAUUAUCAUGAUCUAGAUGUGGUAGAGGUUGGAUGUUAGACAGCUAACAAAUGAAAAUCUUAGUGCACACAUUCACAAAAGCAAAUGUUUUGGAUCACAUUCCACAUACUCAAUAGAGGAAUCAGUGAAAUUGUCUAAUACUUUUUGAGGUCUCAGGUUGUGAAAAAAGGUUGGAUAGACACUGUUGACCACACAAAGACCAAUUUUUGUUUGAAUCAGACCUCCUUAACCCCACAAACAACCAGCAGAAGCUAAACUAAACUAAACAACUGACUAAAUGCACACAGGAGUCGGUGGAUGAACACUGUACUGAGCAGCUCCAAUAAAACUGAACAAACUACAAAUGUAUUUAUUUACAAACACAUAAAUGGAUCACUGAAAAAGAACUCCUUAUUUUAAUGUUUACACCAAAGUUUGAGGGAUUGUUUUAAUGCCUUAUUAAAUUAACCUGAAUGUACAACAAAUAUAAUGCACUUAUUAUAAGAACAAUUAAAUGGUAUGUAUGAUCCACAGUUAAAUAAAUAUAUCAUAGGAUGCAAAAGCUACAUUAAAGAUCAUAUUCCAGCUGCACUGAGUUGCAUAAAACAUGAAUGUGAAGCUUGCUACCUUUGCAAUUAAAUGCAAAAUAGAAUAUUUAAAAGACUCUCUUAAGAAAAAAAAAAUUAAUUAUAUGCCCAUUAUUAGUUGGAAAUUUCAUGAAUUUUACACCAGCCUUUUUAAUAGAGUAAAAUAUUAAAUGUUUGAACUCUUAAAAAAAAUGUUAUUUAUCAAUUUGUACUAGUUAAUAUUAGCAUUUAUUUAUGUUAAUGUUUUUAUCUGAGCAAUGCACUUGUUCUAUUUAUUUGCUUUACUUAAUGCCUAAAUUAUUUAUAACAGAAACAUUUGCAUUUUUGGCAUUCCUAUUAAGUUAAUCAUGAAAAGAGAUCUCUAAAAUGCAAAACUCUUGUCGAUUCAGUUGUCGAAGUUCAACAUUUGUGUUUUCUUCUCUAACUCCAAAUGGGGUUAAUUAUCCUUUUUAACUGAACAUUUCACUCAAUGUUGAGAGCUCUUCUGUAUGCACUGUUCAUCCAAAUCUUAUCCGUCUAAGAACUGUAUUUUCUUAGCUUGUCAAUGUUGCCAAGAAGAGCCAUCCAGAUUGUGGUACAUUGAAAGUUGAGCAACUGAAAACUUUCCUUUCCUUAGGAGUAUUUAAUAAAAUUUCACUGUACUAUAAUUAUAAAUAGUUUAGUGACGGAGUAAGUGGUGGGAUGAUAUGUGCAUGUGUAAUGUAUUAUCCUUGACAUUUCUCUGUGCUUUCUUUCACUAAGAGGGGAAACUCACUCUUUAGUGCCAACACAUCACUGCAAGGAUAUGACAAUUCAUGAUUGGAAAAUCGUGAACUUGGAUCUGGUUUCAUGUAUCUUAAUGUCACUUUAUUUAAUCAAUAACCAUACAGUCAUGAAAAUAUCAUCUCACUGAAAUAUAUUUGAUUCCUAUGACGCUAUCACAGGAUACAGAUUUUACAGUUUACCAGAAUCUACUUGACAAUACAGGAUUAUGUCACAGGUUGUGCUGCUACUGCUUGAAAUAUUUUAGUUACAACAUUAUAACCAACAACAUGUCAACAAAACAAACUACUGAGGAACUUGGUGCCAUUGUGGCCCAACUCUUUUCAACAGCUCAGUGUAAUAGUAAACUUGAUACAUUUAAUAACUCAGAACUGGACGCAUCUUAAUUACAUACUAACAGCAGCAAUGGUUAACAGACUCUUCUAGCCACAUGCUUCUGCAAAGUGCACUGUUGUUUAUCUGCAAGACAUCUAUUACUAAAUACAACACACACAUCCAGUCUAUCACUCCCCUCUUUGCUCUGAUCCUCUGUAACACUUCACUUUCUCUCAAAUCUUCACAACCCCUCUCGCUCACCUUGGGGUGCUAGUAAGAAUA